UUCAGAUUUGUUUUUGUAGCUUACUGAUUGUCUGUCAUUUAAAGAUGCAUUGUUUCCGGCGCGCUGCUUCUCGGCUCCUCUCUUCGACACCACGGUCCACAUGGGCUACUUCAUCUAGCCCGUCUCGAAUCACUAUCCCUCGUCAGACAUCACGAUUUCUGCUGCAGAGCAGAUGGAAUAGCCAACAUGUACCAAGUCAACCCAAUCUUACGAACAAAGAUGCAGCAGCCACAAACGAUAACGAAGAACAAUUAAUACAAGCCGCUGUCGGGUAUAUGGAAGGUACCUCUACUCCUGCGAACGAGACGGCAGACCAUAUUUCAAAAGAGAGCGAAGCACAGCCACAAUCUACUGAAGAAGAAUCUAAACGCACGAAACGCCUCCGGCUUUUGAACAAGGAAGCCGAUCCCAAGGAGACUGUGUUUGUCGGCAAUCUUUUCUACGAUGUGACGGCGGAUGAUUUGCGAAAACAGAUGGAGAAGUACGGAAUUGUGGAGAGCGUAUAUAUCACUUUUGAUAAUAGGGGAAUUAGUAAAGGAUUUGGUUAUGUGCAGUUCGACUCCAUAGAUUCGGCGAGACGUGCAAUUGACGCGAUGCACAUGCGUGUAUACGAGGGUCGCCGAGUCAUCGUGGCAUUUGCGCAGAACAAUAUCGAUCAGCAUCGGAACCUGAGACCUAUUUCUAGAACGAUAUAUAUCGGCAAUCUGCCAUUUGAGAUGACUGAUCGGGAUAUCAAUGAACUCUUCAGGGAUAUCGUCAAUGUGAUUGACGUUCGGGUAUCUGUGGACCGUCGAACUGGCAUGUUCAGAGGCUUUGCUCACGCUGAGUUCAUCAACGUCGAGAGUGCACGGGCAGCAUUCGAGAUUCUUAGCAGGAAGGCACCAUAUGGCAGGAAAUUACGACUUGAUUACAGCCAAACGAAUAGAAGAGCGGAUCGUUUGGAGAACAACCCCGAGUGAUUUGACAAGAUCCGGUGUUUGAAAGUAUCGUUUUAUCGUGGGGAGGGAUUUCACAGAUAGUGACAGGCUGUGGUUGAUUUAUGUAUCAUAUACGCAGCGGAGACUGUGCUGUACUUUGUACAAUAUUUACAUAGACUUAUA